GACGGGAUGACUCGGUACAGCAGAAGUGUAAAAAUUUUCUCUCUCUCUCUCUUCGUCCAAUCUUGGACCCCUCGCUGAACAUGCCGUGUCAUCAUCGAAGUUGUUGUCUGCCGCCAUAUACAUAUUUGCCCCCCCUCCGUUCACAUCUCAUUCUUGAGACCCCUUUUCCCCGGAUUUCAUGACAUACAACCAGACCCAUCGUGAAGCGGAGCAUCUUGAAUCCUCGUUAACCAUUUUGAGGCCCUCCUUUCUCUCUGAUUGAUUGAAAAAAAAGAUACCCCUCACUUCCAGAGCCGUUCUAUUCCCGUCUCUUUCACUCAGACCUUCUGUAUCAUCCCACCUUACACCUCUUCAACUCACUAUUAUCGCUCAUCUCAUAGCGGUUCAUCCCUCUCAAAGAUACCCCCCUGAAAAGUCACUUUUCAAACUCAUAUCACAAUGACCAACAACGACGCAACCAAGCCUAACGGCACCAACGGCGAUGCUAAGAACACGUUCGCCGUCAAGGCCGGACUCGCCCAGAUGCUCAAGGGAGGUGUCAUCAUGGACGUGACCGACGCCGCCCAGGCCCGCAUCGCCGAGGAGGCCGGCGCCUGCGCCGUCAUGGCCCUGGAGCGCGUCCCGGCAGACAUCCGCAAGGACGGCGGCGUCGCCCGCAUGUCCGACCCUGCCGUCAUCAGGGAGAUCCAGAACGCCGUCACCAUCCCCGUCAUGGCCAAGGCCCGCAUCGGCCACUUUGUCGAGUGCCAGAUUCUCGAGGCCCUCGGCGUCGACUACAUUGACGAGAGCGAGGUCCUCACCCCGGCCGACAAGGUCUACCACGUCGAAAAGGCCGACUUCAAGGCCCCCUUCGUCUGCGGCUGCCGCAACCUCGGCGAGGCCCUGCGCAGAAUCGCAGAGGGCGCCGCCAUGAUCCGCACAAAGGGCGAGGCCGGCACCGGCGACGUCGUCGAGGCCGUCACCCACGUCAAGCAGGUCACCAGAGACAUUGCGCGCGCCAAGGGUGUUCUCGCGACCGAGGGCAUCCUGGGCAUUCGCGCCCUGGCGAGAGAGCUCGAGGUCGACCCUACACUCCUCCAGCAGACGGCCGAGCUCGGCCGUCUCCCCGUCGUCAACUUUGCCGCCGGCGGUGUCGCCACCCCCGCGGACGCGGCGCUGAUGAUGCAGCUCGGCUGCGACGGUGUCUUUGUCGGCAGCGGCAUCUUCAAGUCUGGCGACCCGGCCAAGCGCGCCAAGGCCAUCGUGAGAGCGACGACGCACUACAAGGACGCCAAGGUCCUCGCCGAGUGCAGUGAGGGACUUGGUGAGGCCAUGGUCGGCAUCAACUGCGACAGCUUGAAGACGGAGGAGAAGCUGGCCACCCGUGGGUGGUAAGCAAAGGUGUUCGGAGGUUUAGGAGCUUAGACUGCUGGGAGGCAGCGUGUGUGUGAGAUUUGGGAUGUUCAUAUGGGUUCAUGACUCUGCGAUAUGAAAAGCAGUGAUUUUCUUUUUCAACCAAGACAUGGAGGCAUUGUGGCCGCAUCAGCUAGCGAAGCCGAGGGGGUCCUUCUUCUACGGAGCAUUUGGAAAAAUUGGGC